AUGGCUUUAUCGGGUGAUAGCUCGAGCAAAAAUGAAGAAGAAAAAUAUGUGAUAUUAGUAAGAAUGUGUAAAGGAAGAACAUUCAAAACCUUUCCUUUGGUAACACAAAUAAAAUGUGGUGGUUCUUCUGCUCAAAAAAUUGCAGAUUGGCUCUUUUCGGAAUUGAAUCUACUCAUUUCAAAUUUUCCAUUUGAAAGAAUUGUAAAUAGUUGUUGGGAUGGUGCACUGAAUGUUCAAAAUUCGAUACAAUUUUUCAAUGAUAUAUUAACAGCUUAUAAAGCAGCACCAAAAGAUUUGGUCAGUUGGUUUAACAGCUCUAAUUGGUGUUUUGCACAUUUAACUGCACUUGUUGGUGUUAGUAUGAUGAAAAGUGCAGAGGGUGAAUUAAUUGUUUUAUUCACUAAGUUUUGCUGCCAAAAGAACAACCGUUUGGCUUUAGAAAAAUUCAAAGAGGAUAGCGCGUUGUAUGAUGAAUAUGGAAAGUUAAAAGCAGUUGCAGAAACAA